AUGGAACGGAGAAAGCGAAGAUCACCAGUAGAAGAAUAUAUAGAAUCUUUACUGGAAUCACCAGAAAAAUUGGAACGUUGUACACAGUUUUACCAGAGUUUAAAAGGGUUUUACCACAGGAAAUGGAAAUGUCCUCUAAAAGCGCCAUAUAUUCAAGGUGUUGAAGUCAAUCUCUUUCACCUUUAUGAAAUUGUCAAUUCUCUUGGUGGUUGGCAGAAGGUAUCUGCAACUGAAAAAUGGGCGAACGUAGCUCAGGCUGUCGGUAUUGCUGAAGGUGUUGCAGUUGCUGAGCACGCAAUCAAAGUGCUAUACAUGAGGUACUUGUCGAAAUAUGAGCAGAACGAAACAGUUGGUGAUGUCGACGACAAUGAAGCAGAGUUAGUCAGCUCCCGCUCGAGAAGUAAAGGUUUUUCAUCACUAGCCAGCGCCGACUGUCCAAUAAGUAUUUCAAGCCGCUACACAGUCGAUUUUUAUAGCAGUAGGAUGGAAAAAAAGGGUGAGCCAGACUAUAAUCGUCUAGUCAAAAGCCUUUACUGUGGUCUUCCAAACGAGGUGGAUUUCGCCAUCAACGUUUGUACUCUACUUUCACAUCCUGGACCGCGCUUUUUGAAAUUGGCUUCUGCCCCUCAAAUUCUUACUCUUCUUGUUGCACAUGUUGGAGUGUUUUCUGAUGGCAAGUUCAUAAAUUUAACAAUUUUUCUUGAAGAUAAUUCGAUGUAUGAUUUAUACAAAUCGUGGGAGGAGGCCUCUUGCCAUGAUUUUGUUUCUUUUUGGAACGGUGCAGGGAUUGAAGACGAGGAGGUGUUGGUCUUGCUGCCUCACGUGAAGUCAACGGAGGUUUCAAAUACUGAUCUCAAUUUAUUUGGUGGUCUUGUCCAUGAGUUCCGUUUGAAGGAUGUUGUUUCAUGGAGGGUUCAUCAGAUUCUGUCAAUUGUGCGAAAUCUUUCCUUUGAAGUGAUUAACAAGCCUGUCAUGGCUGCUAGUUGGCCACUAAUGAAGUCAGUUUGUCGGAUUGAUUUGCUUUGCGAGGAAUCAAGCGCGACCAAUCACCUUCUAUUGAAAACCGUUUCCCGAUGUUUACACUCUGGUGAUAAACUGCAGAUCAUCAGAGCGCUCGAAAUUCUAGCGGGAUUAUGCAAUAACGAAAAGAAUGAAUCACUGCUUUGUGAAUUUUUGGACUCACGUAUUUUGAGCAAAAUUUUUGAAAUUCUUAUUGUCAAGGAUAUGAUGAUGUGUGUAUAUACAUUGGAAGCACUUUACCAAAUCUCUGAGUUGGGAGCUGCAGCGUGUCAGCAAGUGUCACUGCUUCCUCAUGCUAUCGAGAUUCUUGUUGAUUUGGCUACAGUUGAAGCAUAUUCUUUUGGGCCAUCAGGUCUCAGUGGUAUUAAGGUGGUCGAAUUUCAUGGACCACCCCAACUCGCUCCUCCGCCUCCUCAAAACGCAUCUACAGUGCAUGCCAGAUAUAUUUCUCGUCAGACAGGUUUUGCUACUCCAGCUCCUCCAGUGGCUUACCACGCCACAGCUAGAGCAGCUGUAGCUGUUCAUUCUCCGGCAGUCCGUGUCGCAACAGUUGCUGCAUCACCUGCAUCAUCGCAGUCGAAUAUUACUCCCGGCAUUGGGGAUUCAAAAGUGGAGCAGUUAACAGCAAAGUGGCUGCGUCUAAAUUGUCUUUGUGUUCCUGGCAAUAUCAUUCCCAGAGGAGAAUUAUAUGCCACAUAUGUAGAAGACUUGAGGAAUCAUUAUAAUGCAUUGUCGGGUUCUGUACAAAUGUUUACUAAUAUUAUAAAAGCCUUGUUUCCAUCAGUUUUGGUUCGCGUUGGAAACAAUACAACUUCAAUGGUAAUUGAAAAUUUAAAGUACGCUAAGGGUCAGGGUGUCGCUACUAUGGAAAACGCCUCUCUGCCAAACACUGGUAACACACCUGUCACGACAGGUUCUAACACGUCAAAUAAUAUGGCAGCGUCACACCCAGUAAUGCAGAAGAUUUUGCUUGGAAAUGGUUGUGUACCAAGUUCGCUUACUAAUGGUCAUUUAUCUCCUCCAGAGAAAAGGAGCUAUAAAACUGAUGUUAACUUGCCUGCAGUGCAACAUACAAAUACAACAGUUGUCAUUGACCCACCUCAUGCAAAUCCUUCUGCACCAGAUGUUGGUGUGCGUAAUAAGGUUAAAUUGGAGGUUUGCUGUGCCGCUGUUGAAGCAAAAGACUUUAUUCCCGAUGAUGGAAGGCAUGAAGCAAAGAUUGUUCGUGUGGAGAACACUUCUCACACCACUCAAGCAGUUGCUCAGAUACCUGCGUCAGUACACGUAUCAAAUAAAACACCAGUUGUACCCGUUGUGGUGCCCGGCCCAGCUCCUACUGCUGUCGUCGCAGUCCCUGUUACGACUGCCGGUGAAACCUCCAACGUAAUUCAGCAUUCUACUGGUAGUGGUUCGUCCACUCCAACAACUUCUGUUUCUACGGAUGAGAAUGUUUCUUCUGAAAAGGCUCGUCUGUGUAGUACUGGUUCGUCGAUUUCUGAUAACGCACCCGCUGUUUCUACUACAGUUCCUUCUAUUCAUCCUGCUACUUCAGCUGUCAGUGUAUCAGCAGAUAAUGUAUCUACUAAUAAUGAUGAUAAGAUUUCAUCUGUUUCAACUGUGGCUACUAUACCAGUAGUUACUGUACCUGUUACAUCUUUUCAUUCAACGUCUACAAAACCGGUUACAACUGUUGCUACUUCGACCACGGAUACAGCAGUUUCGAUUGCGGCUGUUGCAGUUUCAGGAGAUGCCGCAAAUGUUACUAAUGGUGUUACUCCAGGAAAAAACACAUCUGACAAUCAAGUAUGUGGAAACACUGUUCAAACUGCGCUCAGUCAGGUUUCACUGCCUAACAGUAAUUGUCCUAAUCCUGCUGGUGACUUGGCAUCUGUAAGUUCACCGCCAGCGACGGAAACAGUUGGUUCUGCACCAGUGAACGUAGACCAUGCGACUCCUGCUAUUUCUUCAAAAACUUGUAAUGAAUCUUCCUCGGGAGGUGUUAGGAAUGUUGUUCGUCGAUUGAAUGGAUUAAAGGAAGAAAACACGGGAGUAUUUGCUGGAGAUAUACAAAAUAAUUCAAUAAACCAGGCUGCUCCCGUACAUCAAAAGGGGCUGACAAAUGGUACAGCCAACUUACCAGUUGUGGAAGUGAAGACGGAAGUCAAAACUUCUGCUAGCCAGAUGCCGACGGUUGUGAUAAAAGAUAGUAUUAAUCCUGGCACGUCGUCUGUGUUGUGUAAUCAAGAGAGUACUUGUGAUAGCAGCCAUAUAGUGACAGGAGGCAAUUUUGCGAUUGCAGCUAAACGCAGACGUACGUCUCGUUGUAAUACACCGAGAAUGAAUGAGCAUGCACAUUCGGAAAAAGUUACGCCUUCGACUUCUGACAGUGGUGGGGAUUUCAUGUGCGAAUGGAAUGGCUGUGGGAGGCUCUUUUCAUCGGCAUCUUUUGUACUGUACCAUUGUGCAAAAGAUCAUGUUGGCAACCAGGCAACGCUGCAGUGUCACUGGCCACGAUGUGAUUCGACGGUGCGCACCAAGUUGUCGAUGGUGACACAUUUACAGGACCAUCACUGCAGCGAAGCUUUGUUAGCUGCGGCUGCGAAGCGUAGGAAAGAAGGUUUUGGUACAGUACUAGGCCCAGUGAAUCCAGAACGGCCUCGCGACAUUCAUCAGCAUCCCGGGUAUGCGAAGAAUGCAGCCAUUGAAGCAAUAAGACGUCAUGCUUUCACUUACUUACCUCGGGAGAUUACGGAUGACCCGGAGGGUCCCGUCACAAAAAGCAUAAGGUUGACCAGUUCUCUUAUACUUCGUAAUCUUGCUCGGUAUUCUCCUGAUGGAAGAAGGUUAAUAAGGCGUCAUGAAACUCUUUUAAGUUGGCUUGCUGCAUCCCGUUUAGAAAGCAGUUCAGCGCUUUCUCAACUACUUGGUGAACUGUAUAACACCCAGCCGACGUCUUCAUGA